UCAAUCAAGUGGACCAGAAACCAACUGUUUCUUCGCAGUCGCAUGCUGCAGAAGACCAGAGGUGUUAACUCCUGGAACGCAUUUGUCAAAGCCGAACUCAAGGCUGAAAAUGAAGGCAUAGGCAGAGGUGAUCGCACAAAACUUACAGCCUUCAUUGCAGAAAAUAAGGCCACAUUACUCCGAGAUUAUCGCAAGCUAACCUUCACUGAAAAGCAAGCUUACAAUGCUUGUGUUCUCGAGGAUCGCCAAGCAAAGAACUGUACUGCACGUGUGAACCCAAAGGCCAUCAAACAUGAUGUGAAUGCAGCAUUCACAUUCAUGGAUUGUGAGGUAUGUCGUGCUAUUUUGAUUAUCCUUUCACUUCUCUCGCCACCACUACACACUACUAAUGUAACUGAAAUUUAUUCUCAGUGGAUGGCUCUUCAUGCACGCACUGGUCUGGAGGGGUUUUAUGUGGCAGUACGCGGCAGAAUUGAAGAUCUCGCAGAACCGAAGAUAUUUUUUACAGAGAAAUCUCAAAAGUUUGUUCGGGAUGUCCUAGGCAUUGAGCCACAGCAUCUCGGACUGAAGCUGGAAGCAUUCGUGAUUAACAAGCUUGAUGAACAUGUAACACUUAACCGUCAAUGGCCGCUCAAUAAACUCAUUAGUGAAUGCCAUGAGCUUAUCCAAGAUAACCUAGAAUUUAUCUUAAUGGAGAAGAAUAUGUCAGGCAAAGUCAAAAUGAAUUACACGAACUACAAGCGCGCUAUAGUAGAACGUCACGGUGUUGAGCUAACUAAAUGGCCUUUACCAGUGGGGGUGAAAAAUCCCUCUAAGGUUGGUGGAAGAGCCCAUGUUCAGGCUUUGUUGAAUGCUCUCAAGUCUGAAUCGUGCAAGUGGGUCUCUUUCUCAGAUGAAGAGCUUGUCAAGAGGAUGAAGGAUAACCGGGCUCAGCAUGCACAUGGGGAACAAGUCUAUGUACAAAGGAAAGCCAGGGCUCGUGUUUCACAACCUAAGAGCAAAGGCACUGUCAACACCGAUGAUGAGUCAAGCUCAAGCUCAAGUUUGAGCUCAGACUCUAACUCUAACUUAGACUCGGACUCGGACUCGGACUAG